AUGUUGUCGCGAACGUUUGGCGCCUGUGGCAAGCAGAAUCUGCUCGAUUUUUAUAGUCCCUCUCGGGGAAUAUGGGGUCUGGGCUUGCGUGCCGUAAACCAUGGCAGCAUUCGAUGCUAUUCCCAAUCCCGACUUCGAGGGCGCCAGCAGGAUGCUCAGAAACCCAUGGUACAGUCAACAACCAAGACUGCUGAUGCUGGCCCAGGAAAGGCAGUUCCGCAAGAAAUAGCCGUUCCGGAAUCUACACAGAAACCCGAACCGCUCAAGUCUGAGGCAAAUGCGUCGAAAAAGGACGCGCUAUUAUCUGAGAAGGUGGUCUCUACUAAGGAGCAGCGAAAGAUUGAUCUGGCCAUCAUGCGAGAUAUGGUUCAAUAUUUAUGGCCCAAAGGAGAGCUUGGUACCAAGAUCCGUGUGGGCGCCGCACUGGGCCUACUCGUCUCAGCGAAGGUCUUGAAUGUCAAUGUUCCAUUCUACUUUAAGAGCAUCGUGGACUCAAUGAAUGUGGACUUCCUGGCCGUUGGUGGGACAGCUUGGACGGUGGCCGGAUCUAUGAUCGUCGCUUAUGGCGUUACUCGGAUUGGGGCUACACUGUUUCAGGAAUUGCGAAACGCAGUAUUCGCCAGUGUCGCACAAAAGGCGAUUCGCAAUGUUGCCAGAAAUGUGUUUCAGCACUUACUAAAACUUGACUUGAACUUCCACCUCUCAAGACAGACUGGAGGACUUACGCGAGCUUUGGAUAGAGGUACCAAAGGCAUCAGCUUUCUGUUGACUUCGAUGCUUUUCCACAUCUUCCCGACUGUGCUCGAGAUUUCUAUGGUGUGUGGUAUCUUGACAUACCACUACGGAGCUCAAUUUGCCGCGAUAACUGCUUCUACAAUGAUAGCAUAUUCGGCGUUCACAAUCACGACUACCUCUUGGCGAACCAAAUUCAGAAAACAAGCCAAUGCAGCCGACAAUCAGGGUGCCACUGCUGCAGUUGACACUCUUCUCAACUACGAAGCGGUCAAAUAUUUCAACAACGAAAAGUUCGAGGUUGACCGGUAUGAUAAAGCUUUGAAGAAAUACGAGGACGCGUCAAUCAAGGUGACGACCUCAUUGGCGUUUUUAAACACUGGGCAGAACGUGAUAUUCUCCAGUGCGUUGGCGGCCAUGAUGUAUAUUGCUGCGAAUGGUGUCGCUGCAGGUUCGUUGACGGUCGGAGACCUGGUCAUGGUCAACCAGCUUGUCUUCCAAUUAUCUGUACCCUUGAACUUCCUGGGAUCAGUUUACCGGGAACUACGCCAAUCCCUCCUAGAUAUGGAGACAUUGUUUAAUCUUCAAAAAGUCAAUGUCACAGUCAAAGAAGUGGCACAUCCAAGGCCUCUUGCCUUGACUCGUGGAGGAGAGAUAAAGUUUGAAAACGUUUCCUUUGGGUAUCACGCAGACAGGCCAAUUUUGCGAAACUUGAGCAUGACAAUUCCUGCUGGGAAGAAGGUGGCCAUUGUGGGACCUAGUGGAUGUGGCAAAUCGACGAUUCUUCGCUUACUGUUCCGCUUCUAUGACACCGAGUCUGGAACGAUCACGAUCGAUGGCCAAGAUAUCAAAGAAGUGAGCCUGGACAGUUUACGAAAGAGUAUAGGAGUUGUUCCACAGGACACUCCAUUAUUUAACAACACAAUCGAACACAAUAUUCGAUACGGGCAGAUUGACGCUAGCCUCGAGGAGGUAAAGAAGGCCGCUCAUCGUGCGAGGAUAUAUGAGCUGAUCGAACGUCUUCCUGCUGGCUGGAAUACAAUGGUAGGUGAAAGGGGUAUGAUGAUCUCCGGUGGUGAGAAACAACGACUUGCGGUUGCCCGUCUGUUAUUGAAAGAUCCGCCGUUAUUGUUCUUUGAUGAAGCAACCUCAGCGUUGGAUACAUACACAGAGCAGAUGUUGCUCCAAAACAUCAACAGCAUUUUGAAAGAAAAACGACGAACUAGUGUAUUUGUGGCUCAUCGACUGCGGACCAUCUACGACAGUGACAUUAUAUUCGUGCUCAAGGAAGGCCGAGUGGUGGAACAGGGCACACAUGCGGGACUACUUACUUUGAGAGGCCUAUAUUCUGAUUUGUGGACGGCUCAAGAAGUUUCGCUCGGACAGGAUAUGACACUAGAGAGAUCACUGGAGGAAGAGCGCGAAGACGAGAAGAAUCAGGCGUGA